UCAGUUUGAUGUAAUUGUUUUGCUUUUCAGGGUAUGGCCAUUGCUAUCUUAGGGCCUACAUUUCAAGACCUGGCUGAAAAUGUGAAUAAAAAUGUCAGUCAGAUUUCUUACAUCUUCGUGGGACGUUCAUUUGGGUACUUUAGCGGUUCUCUACUUGGUGGAAUACUCACUGACUGCAUGAAUGUUCAGCUGCUCUUAGGAUUAUCUAUGCUGGGCACGACUAUGGGCCUGUAUGCUAUCCCAUGGUGUAAGAAAGCACUUUUGCUAACAGCUAUGAUGUCUGUCAUUGGUUUUUCAAUGGGCGUCCUGGAUACAGGUGGCAAUGUUCUUGCUUUGGACACAUGGGGGUCAGAAGCUGGUCCGCAUAUGCAGGCGUUACAUUUCAGUUUUGCCCUGGGUGCUGUUGUGGCUCCCAUCCUGGCCAAACUGGCCCUGGGUGGGAGAGUUACUGGUCCCCAGGCUCAUCCAAGUGGCAGUGAUGACAACCAGUCUUCUGUGAAUUCUCUUUCUUCUCCUCCAUCAUCUUUGAAGCUACAUCUGACCUUAAACUUUGUAUGGUCUUACAUUGUUAUAGGCACCUAUCUCUUGUUUGUUUCAGUGUUUUUCUUUAUUUUGUAUUUGAAGAGCAGUGCUGUUCGAGACAGAGUGAAGCUUUCCACAAAAACAUUCAAGACUGCCAAAUAUCACAAGGCCCUCAUACUACUACUCUCAUUCUUCUUUUUGUGCUAUGUUGGAGCAGAAGUGACCUAUGGCUCUUACAUUUUUACUUAUGCAAAAACCUAUGUUGCUAUGACAGAGAAUGAAGCAGCAGGGUUGAAUACUGUCUUUUGGGGAACAUUUGCAACUUGUAGAGGACUGGCUAUCUGUUUUGCAGCCUGUUCGUAUCCUGGAACUAUGAUCCUUCUGAGCGUCAUAUGCUCCACGGUGUCAUCUUUGUUCCUUGCACUGUUCAGUAAACAUCCUGUCUCUUUGUGGCUUGGCUCCGCAGUGUAUGGAGCAUCAAUGGCUACUAUCUUCCCCAGUGGUAUUUCUUGGAUUGAACAGUAUACUACCAUCCAAGGGAAAUCUGCAGCACUCUUUGUAAUGGGUGCAGCUCUCGGGGAAAUGUGUAUCCCAGCAGUGGUUGGUUUACUUCAGGGAUACUAUCCAGCCCUCCCUGUGCUAAUGUACAGUGCUUUGGGAGCAGCCUCCAUGACUGCAGUGCUGUUCCCUGUGCUGUAUAAAUUAGCAACAUCCCCUUGUGAUGCUAAGCGGAAGGAUGUUGGAGAUAGUGAACUUCAGGAAGCCUUGUUGUCCAACUCUCAUGUUGAGGAAGACGAUGAGGGUGAUAAUGAGGAUGGCAGGGAAUGGAAUGAUGUAGACUUUGAAGUCAUUGAGAUGAAUGAUACUCUGCAGAACUCGGUAAUUGAAACAUCUAAGAAGAUCCAAGGGCAAUCUGUACUUACCACCUCCAGUCCACAUGCUUCAGAAAAUGUAUCAUGUAAUUCUCCUGUGCUUGCUAGCGUAUCUCCAAGAGGCAAAAGCUCAAGUAAAAAUGACUAAAGCUGGUUUAUUUUACAACAAGAAGACAUUUAGCAAGAAGUAAAGGUAUAUGACAUUUCAGUGGUAUUGAGAAACUCAGUAAUUCCAGUUUCUGUGUGAAAUUAUGUGGGAAUGGGAGGAAUAGUUCAGUGAGCCCCCUUGGAUGAAUAUGAUGGUGGUGGGAAAUGGGAGCAAAGGUGAACAUUUCCUAAUGUUCCUAAGUAUAAUAGCUCUUCAAAAAGGUAUGAAGCUUCACUCUUUAAGUUGCUUAGACAAAUACAGAGCCUGACACUGAAGAGAUUAAUGUAAUGAAAUCAUUUUAGGCUUCUUAAUUCUUUACCAAGGUAAUAGUUUACAUUUGUUUUUAAACCAAGAUAUGACAGAUGUUCAAACUGUAGUCUGUGAUUUCAAAUGAAUUAUUGAGAGCACUGUGGAUGAUCCCUUCCUUUUUUUAGUUUCCAUCUGUAUUCCUACAACCCUGAGUUGCAACAUUACCUUAAUGUAGCUGUAUAGACCACAUUUCCCCUGCUACACUACAACUUCAUCUUUUCAAAGUAUCUCUGAAAAACAAGAGUGGUGUCAGUAUAAAACUGUUUUCCCACUAUAUUAUCUGCAUCAGUGAUGUUGCUUAUAAUCACUAGUAUCUGUGUACUACAGUUGCAAAGGUUUCCUUUGAUGCUCUUUUUAUUGGCAGCUUUUCUAGAAGUAGGAUGAACCUGGAUAUAGCAGUUCUUUUUCAAGUGUAGGUACAGACUAUCCUUUCCUAACAAAAUGUUAGGGUAUAAUGGCUGAAAUCCUGUUGUGUGUGUAACAGUGAUGAUGUCAGCAGCAGCAGGAAAUCACUAUUUAAAGGCUUCCAUUUGAAAUUUCAGGGUGUACCCAAUUUCAUCAUAUACGAGUUGUGUGAACCCAAUAAUCAUUAAUCAGUAGCAACUUGCCUUUAAUUGGCAGCAGUUUGCUGCUGCUUACAUAAUCUUUCUUGCACACAUAGAGCUGUGCAACAGGAUGUCAACCAGCAUCGUGUGGCAACAGUUUGCUAAACUGUAAUAGAAUAGGAAUGUUCUAAUUUUAAUUGCUGUUGAAAAAUAUUCCUGUUCACCAACAGGAAUUCUGUAGGGCCUUUCCUUCACACUGUUAUGCCAGACAGUGGAGCUUCUCUUUCUGGAGUAUGAAUCUUUUAUUUUUCACAACCACAGGCAUGCUCUACAGAAGAGUAUGCCUGCUGCAUGGCAAGAUGCAAACGGGAAAGCUAAAAUUAUGGCACCUUAUACUUUGACGACCAAUGUUGUGAUCGAUGACUCCACAAAUUUUAUUUUUGUAUUUUGGAAAAAGACUAUUUUUUUUUUCAAAUGAACACUUUUCGUAUGUAGUUGACUGCAUUAUUCCACAUUUAUAAAGAAAGAAAAGUAUGAUUUUAAAAUUUGCUUGGGAGCACUGUGUGCAAAGAGAAGGAAGGACAAACAAUAAAAGCAAGAGUUGUGAUUUUGCAGAUUUAAUGGGUGUCACUGAGUGAAGCUGUUGAGAUUUAAGAUUGGUCUUCAGCAGGAUCAGCAGAUGAAUUUUAAUGCCACAUUGCUGGCAGUGGCAUGUGUGUAGAGGAAGGCUGUAGCUGCAGUCCACUGCAGAGUGCAAUAUGCUUUGAAUAGUGACUCCCUGCCUUGCGAGUGUAUUUCGUUCUUACCUUUCAUUCUCUCCCACAUUUUCAGGUAUGGGAUUGUGAUAUAUAAUGGAAGAGAACUGUCUCUGCACAGAUGUGUUUUGUUGUUACUGCAGUGGUACUGUUUGUUAAGUGACCUUAGAUACAACUGGCAAUACACUAUUGUAUCUGAUAUAUUUAUGUUGGGACAUUAGAGGAAAUCUAGACUGGAACUUAAAAACUGGGAAAUUAUAACACUUCUUUGCCUCUGGAUAAGUUUGAAAAUAAAACUACCUCACAGGGAAAUUCUGUGGUGAAGUAUUUUAAUACUAAGAGCUGAUGGAAGGAAAAUAUGUAUUUUUAAAAGAAGCAUUAAACUGUAAGUUGUUUUGAUUGUUUUGUAUACUUCUGGAAUUUAAAGUUACACAUUUCACUAAUUUUAAAACUAGACUUAGUGAUAUCUACAUGAAUUGAGAACGUUAGUGCAUUUAGAUUGAAUUUAUUUGAUUUUACUACAGUCUACAGAGAUAGAUUUAAUUUUGGAUGUAAACAGGGAACAAGAUCCAAAAUGCUACAUGGGACAUCUGAAAGGGCUUGUAUAUGCCUCCUGUAAAAUUCCCCUCCUUUGAUCACCCUCUGUCCUCCCAUGUUACAAAUCCUCUGUUUUGAAAAAAGGUUCUUUGGAACAAGAAGCAGGUAUUCUAAUUUUGGCAUGUGGGACAAAUAUUGUUAGUUGGAUUUCAUUGUAUUUUCAACAGUGAAAUCUAAGAGUGUGAUUAAAAACAUGGUUGCCAACUGAAAAAUAAUGUUAAGGAAGAAUUAAAUACUGGUUUUAUAUAAACCUCAUAGUAAAGCAUAACUACAGACACUGGUGCAAAGCUGUACACUCAGUAAUUUCUGGAUAAAUCCUAUCCCCCCAAUAGUGCAUAUACUGUACACAGUGAGUAUACGAGGAGUACUUGUAUAAGUUUGUAAUCAACAGUAUGAGGCUGGCAUUAUGAAAUAAACGGUAUACUUUUUUUGACUAUC